UGUACAAGGAUCGGUGGGCAAUCAGCGAUUAGUUCAAUGACUGUCUGAGCUUUGAUUUGCAAAUUAAAGUUUAACCCUUCUUGAAGAAUCUUCUGGGGCACGAGAAACCACGACACUCUCUUGGGUUCAAGCCAUGGCGGUUGCUCCCGGCAGUUCAAAGCGUGUUACCAUGGCAACGGUGAAGGAGCGCGUCCACAAAGUGGCAGCCAUGGCCUUCUUGCCGUAUGCAGACCCCGAGAUGAAACACUACAUCAAAAUCCAUUCAAUCCCACAGAUCUAUGAGGCAUUGCUUACAGGUUUAUUUGUUCAGUGUCCUGAUGACCCAUUAGUAUUUUUGGAAGAGAAAAUAAAAGAAUUACAAAACCAGAAAAGCCAAGCUUUGCCUUUGACAAAGGAAGGUCACCUCAAUUUGAGCUGGGACAUGUUUAUCACUCCUGAAUACAGGCAAAGCAUGACAAAAAUGAUAGGUAGUUAUCUAAACUAUCUCUUUGAACUGGAAGCUGGUGAGGUGCUUCCCCCAGAAGUGUAUAAGGUAGCUUAUCAGUUUUAUUUAAACUUUUUACUGAAAAAGUACUUUUGUGAAUGGAUGAAUUAUAUCAGAAACAAAAGAAAGGAGAGGAUUAAACUGUCACAAGAUAUGAACAAGGCUCAAGAUCAUUAUGUAAGGAACAAGUUAAAAAUGGCAUUUGAUGCAUGGUUGAGGUGGAUCCAGAUCCAAAGGAAACGGCAUGCCUUGGCAAUGGACCAUAUACGCCAUGUCAAUGAUCAACUUCUAGCCAAGCUCAUUCUAAGAGAGUGGAACGCAGUGACAAAAGAGGCAAAAAGAACACGAGAAUACUUUGAGAAACUGGAACGAGGGGAAUUGGAGGAUGAGACUGAUAUACUAUUGGUAAUGCCAGCAGAAGAGAAAGAUAGGAUUUCUGGAUUUCCAUUGGCAGUAUCACUAAAGAUUUUUAGUUACCUUGGCAUUAUGGACCUUGCAAGAUGUGCGCAAGUGUGUCAAUCAUGGAAAGUAAUUACACAGACAAGUUCCCUCUGGAGCAAGCUUGACUUUUAUCCAGUAAGAAAAUGGAUUAAAGAUGAUGAUAUAGCAAAUAUUUUGCGGAGGUACCGUUCUACUGUCAUCCAUUUGAGUCUCCGGGGAUGCAACAACAUUGGUCAGGCCACCUUCAAAGGAAUUAAUCCCUAUCUGGGAAAAAAAGAAAAGAAAAAAGAAAGAAAGAAGAAAGAUAGAAAGAUUGCCUGGCUAUCGGAGGAUCCCCACAUGCUCCAUGGAGUUUUAAGUGGCUGCCGAAACUUACAAGAUCUAAAUUUAUCUGAAUGUAAAAAUGUAACCGAUGAAUUUAUGUCUACAGUGAUAGAAAUGUGCACAUCCCUUGUGUACCUGAACAUGGCUUACACUACCAUUAGUGAUGCUACACUAAGGACAUUGUCAAAGUUUGGUCUAAAUCUACAGUACCUGAGCCUGGCAUACUCAAAGCUAUUCACAAAUAAAGGUUUGAAUUACCUUGCCACAGGGAAGGGCUGCCACAAGCUCGUUUAUCUGGACAUUUCAGGUUGUACUGAGAUUUCAGUGAGAGGCUUUAAGUCAUUAGGAAUUGCUUGCAAUAAAAUUGAACACCUUGUUAUCAAUGAUAUGGCAACACUUACGACCAACUGCAUCACAGCUAUGGUUGACUACUACAAUAACCUCACAACCGUUACACUUCUUGGCUCGCCGCACAUAUCUGAUACAGCUAUUAAAGCACUUGUCCAAGGCAGCAAGCUUACCACAUUUAAAACUGAAGGUAAUAAACGUAUAACUGACACAAGCUUCAAAAUCUUCAGCACCAGUUGCCCAAAUUUGAAUCAUAUCUAUGUAGCAGACUGCUCAAGAAUAACAGACAACAGCUUGAAAUUCAUAUCAACACUGAAAAAUAUUAUUGUGUUGAAUAUUUCAGACUGUAUGAGUAUCACUGAUGCAGGUAUACGAAGCUUUUUGGAAGGGGCUUCAGGUCAAAAACUUAGAGAACUGAACAUCAGCAACUGCAUCUUAAUUACUGAUUUAUCACUACUGAAAAUCGCACAGAGAUGCCUCAGCUUGACUCACCUAAGAAUGCGUUAUUGUUUGCACGUAACUGACAGUGGGAUUGAAUGGCUAGGAAGCUUGCCUACGCUGACCAAUAUUGACCUGACGGGAACUAAUGUACAAGAACAGAGUUUGUCAGGUCUUAGUAGCAAUCACAAGAUAAAGGAGCUUACAGUGGCAAAAUGCUCAGGAGUCACUGAUAAUGGAUUACAGAAAUUCUACCAUAAGAUGCACAAUCUGGAAUACUUGGAUAUCUCUCAUUGCCUCUCAGUGUCUGAUAAGAGUGUAAAGACUCUGGCUUUCUGUUGCCGAAGGCUCAUUUCAUUGAACAUCGCUGGAUGUCCAAAGAUUACUAACUUAAGUAUACAAUACCUGGCUGGAGUUUGCCAUUAUAUUUACUUCUUGGAUAUCUCAGGUUGUGUCAAGCUUACUGAUUCAAUAUUUCCAUUCUUAAAGAAAGGCUGCAAAAAGCUACGUAUCCUCAACAUGCUGUAUUGCUCACAGAUCACAAAGCAAACUGUCAAAGCAACAACAAAUAUCCAGCAAUUGGAAUAUAGUGAUGACAAUCCUCCUGUAUGGUUUGGAUAUGAUGAUCGAGGGAACUUAUUAGUCACCAAAAUGGAUGAAGAUGAAAGUAACUGAAAAUGUAAUGAUCAGAAUUCUAUGAAUGCUAGAAUUCCAGAUAUACAGUACUUUAUAAUAAGUGUACUGAAUCUUUAACUGUGACUGAUUCAUUUAGUAUCAAAAAAAUUUUAAAGUAGUACUCUAUUUUGCUGAUUAUAAAAAUUGAAGAAUUCAUAAUUAUCUUAAAUUGUUUUCAUACAAACUGUAAUUAUAAUUAGAGCUGUAUCAAUAGUGUAUGUGUUUCUAAGCUAUAACCCUGGUAUUUCAGGGGUCACAGGUUGCAGUUCUUUAUGAUUUAUUUUACACAAUUCUCGCUUACUUAGGCUUUUUUAACCUGACUAUUUCUAAACUUGAUGUCUUGUUCUACUCAAUCUUCCACUGAAUUUUCAAGCUUUUUAAAAAAUUGGAAUGUAAAAUGAAACAGUUGGAAAAAAAUUCCAUUAAAACAAAAAAUUGUUUCAAAUGUUGAAGGUCUUACUUAAUAUAUAACUGAAUGAAAUCAUUUGAG